UCCUUGAGUGUAUGGAGCAGUCCUUUUAAUGGAGUCUUGAAGUUUUGGCGAAAUUUUUGGAAACCCAUCUUCUCUACCAUGCCAAUCCCUCAAAAGCUCGGGGUCUCUGAAGCAUUGAGAAAAAGCACAAAUUCAACAGAUUCUUAUUAAGUAUCUUCUACAUGAUGAGACUGGAAAUAAUUCACAGCAUAGCAACAAAGACGGAUCCGUCUAAUUGGAUGUGUGAAGUACUCCAGGAGCUCUGGAAUUAAGCAGUGAGCGAUGAACCAGCAUGGCGCAUUCAAGGAGGAAUCUUGGCCUCUGAAGAAAGACUUUGAAAAGUGACAAGAUGAAGGAGAGGAGAAAACUGAGGUGGGAGAGGUUAAGUCACUUGCUCAGAACUACCCUCCCAGGUGGAGAGUGGUGCAGCCGGGAUUUAAACCUGGAUAUCCAGAACUCGGCAUCCACGUCAUCACAGAGGAGCUGGUGACCACCUUUCCCUGAGGAGUUGAAGGAGCUUUUGAGAAAGAGGUUGGAGCUGCUGUGGGUGAGUUGCCGCGAUUGCCGGCCAAGCAUGCUGUGGUCGGAUCUGCCCAGCCGAGGAGCAGAAACAUUGGCCGGAUGGAAAAUCCAUAAAAGAAAGCUCUUCUGAAAAGCUGAGACAGACAAGAACUUCCGCAGACUCAGAUGUAUUUGGGCUGCCUGACCGCCUUGGGUGAUUGAUUGCUAUUAAUUAACAGACUUUGUGGGGAGAAGGGAGCUUGCCUUCUGAGCUCUGAACCAAAGAUCUGGGAAAACUAACCAACUCAAUAUUUUGUGAGUACUUGGAGCAGUUGAGGUCCCUGCUAAUGUGCUGACUGUCACUAUGGGCAGAUGGUACCUGGAGGCUCACUGUCACCCAGGCAGCUCAUGUGACUCAGGUGCGGACACCUUGGCCGUGUUUAUGGCCAGCAGCGGAACCACAGACGUCGCAAAUCGGAACAGCCCAGCCACACCACCAAACACCCUUAAUCUCCGUUCUUCACACAAUGAACUGCUGAAUGCUGAAAUAAAACACUCAGACACCAAGAACAGCACACCUCCCAAAUGCAGGAAAAAAUAUGCACUGACUAACAUCCAGGCGGCAAUGGGCCUCUCGGAUCCGGCUGCACAGCCCCUCCUGGGAAACGGCUCAGCCAACAUCAAGCUGGUGAAAAAUGGGGAGAACCAGCUCCGAAAGGCUGCCGAGCAAGGACAGCAGGACCCCAACAAAAACAUCAGCCCCGCUGCAGUCAUCAACAUAACUUCUGAGAAGUUAGAAGGUAAAGAGCCCCACCCACAGGAUUCCUCCAGCUGUGAGAUUUUACCCUCCCAGCCCAGGAGAACUAAGAGCUUCCUAAAUUACUAUGCAGACCUGGAAACCUCAGCCCGAGAACUGGAGCAGAACCUUGGCAACUGCCAUGGGGUCGGGGAAGAGAAAGCCCAGCCAGGCCAGGGCCAGGUCCCUGCUGCCAUCAUCGGGAAUGGUGACUUGCUGCUGCAGAAACCAAACAAACCCCAGUCCAGCCCGGAAGACGGGCAAGUAGCCACAGUGUCCUCCAGCCCAGAGACCAAAAAGGAUCAUCCUAAGACAGGGGCCAAAACCGACUGUGCACUCCACCGGAUCCAGAACCUGGCGCCAAGCGAUGAGGAGUCGAGCUGGACGACAUUGUCCCAAGACAGUGCUUCCCCCAGCUCCCCGGAUGAAACAGCAGAUAUCUGGAGUGAUCAGUCAUUUCAGACAGAUCCGGAUUUGCCGCCUGGCUGGAAAAGAAUCAAUGACAUCGCUGGGACCUAUUACUGGCACAUCCCAACAGGAACAACUCAGUGGGAACGGCCUGUCUCCAUCCCCGCAGAUAUCCAGGGUUCUAGGAAAGGGUCACUUAGCUCUGUAACGCCAUCUCCCACCCCAGAGAAUGAGAAACAGCCAUGGAGUGAUUUUGCUGUUCUGAAUGGGGGAAAGAUUAAUAGUGACAUUUGGAAGGAUUUGCACGCGGCCACAGUUAACCCAGACCCCAGUUUAAAAGAGUUCGAAGGAGCAACGCUACGUUAUGCAUCUUUGAAACUCAGAAAUGUCCCUCAUGCUGAUGAUGACGAUUCUUGUAGUAUCAACAGUGACCCAGAAGCCAAGUGUUUCGCUGUGCGCUCUCUGGGAUGGGUAGAGAUGGCAGAGGAGGACCUCGCCCCUGGAAAAAGCAGCGUUGCUGUCAACAACUGCAUCAGGCAGCUCUCUUACUGCAAAAAUGACAUCCGAGAUACAGUUGGCAUUUGGGGAGAGGGCAAAGACAUGUACCUGAUACUGGAGAACGACAUGCUCAGCCUGGUCGACCCCAUGGACCGCACAGUGCUGCACUCACAGCCCAUCGUGAGCAUCCGUGUGUGGGGCGUGGGCCGCGACAAUGGCCGGGAUUUUGCUUAUGUAGCAAGAGAUAAAGAUACCAGAAUUUUGAAAUGUCAUGUAUUUCGAUGUGACACACCAGCAAAAGCCAUUGCCACAAGUCUCCACGAAAUUUGUUCCAAGAUUAUGGCUGAACGGAAGAAUGCCAAAGCCCUGGCCUGCAGCUCCUCGCAGGAGAGGACUAGUGUGAAUCCCGAAGUCCCUUUGCAAGUAGAUUUCCCAACGCCAAAGACUGAACUGGUCCAGAAGUUCCACGUGCAGUACUUGGGCAUGUUACCUGUCGACAGACCAGUCGGAAUGGACACCCUGAACAGUGCCAUAGAGAGUCUGAUGACCUCAUCUAACAGGGAGGAUUGGCCAUCAGUGAACAUGAAUGUGGCCGAUGCCACCGUGACGGUCAUCAGUGAAAAGAAUGAAGAGGAGACCUUGGUGGAGUGCCGGGUGCGAUUCCUGUCCUUCAUGGGUGUCGGGAAGGAUGUCCACACGUUUGCCUUCAUCAUGGACACUGGGAACCAGCGCUUUGAGUGCCACGUGUUCUGGUGCGAGCCCAAUGCUGGUAACGUGUCGGAGGCGGUCCAGGCCGCCUGCAUGUUACGAUAUCAGAAGUGCUUGGUAGCCCGGCCACCUUCACAGAAAGUUCGACCACCUCCUCCGCCUGCAGACUCAAUGACCAGAAGAGUCACAACCAAUGUAAAACGAGGGGUCUUAUCCCUCAUUGACACUUUGAAACAGAAACGUCCUGUCACAGAAACACCCUAGUUGCAUAUGUUAAAGGACUGUCAUCUUUACCUGAAGAUGGAGUAGCUUAAAAAAAAAAAAAAAAAAAAACUGAUCUCGGCCUUCCAUUCCGUUGCUGAUGCUUUGUCUUCAGAGAAUUCAUCUGUACCCGAGCAGUGUUAGACAGGCAUGUUCUCUCGUCUUGCCACCAUCUUGUGCUAUGAAAAGAAGCAUGAAUCUUUUUUUUUUUUUUCUGUCAGUAAGUUACAUCCUGAGCAGUGGAAGGUCUUUUUCUUACUGUAAAUAUUGUGAACAUUAUGACUUCGCACAUGCAGAGAAGAAUGUGACCCCCGCCCCUCCUAGUGAACAAUGCUAUGUCCUUGGAGUGAAUGAUGCCUGCAUUCUCUCACUGUCCUCUCAACUGGAUCUGUCACAAGCAACCUUCAAGUCCUGCAGCACUUUGCCCUGUUUUCAACGUUGGAAACAUGGAGACGCUGCAUAGCAGAUACCAUUGAAUUGCUGUAAAGAUAGGAUGACGAGUUGGGGUUUUAGUUUUUCAUAAAAUUGGACCUGUUGGUUAACAAAACUGGCAGUUGGCAUCCGUAUAGAAACCAACUGGCAGCUUUCCUUGACGAGCUGUGUGACAUAUGGACGCCAUGUCAUGUCUCCAGCUGAUGGUGGGAUGUUGGAAAAGAGUGGAACUUUAAAAUGGAUGAAAAACUAAAUUUGAGGAAUUAAAAUCGAACAAAAAAAAUAGCCUUUCUUUUCAGAUGGUUUUCAAACUGAUUAUUUUCAAAAAGAGAUUAACAAAAUCAUAAUGCAUUUUGGGUGGGACAUAUUUCAAACUUCUGCCUUACAUUGUACAAUGCAGCUAGAGAAUUAUAGUUCACUAUGGCCAUUCUCUACACAAUGCUAAGAUGAAAUACUCCUCAUGAACCUCUCAUCCUUAGUUUGAUGAUCAGCCAAUAUGCAACUUGGAGUUGAGGAAAUGCCAUUUAUAUCUCUGUCAUACACUAUGAUUUGAGGUCUCCUCCACCACUUUAGUUUUGUUAGUUCACAUCUUAGAGGUAAAUGUUGUGCUAGAAUUCCGCAGCUAGCUCAGUCUUAUUCUAGUGCUUUUUGUCCAGAAAGCUGUCUGUCCAUCAUAUAUUGUCCAUGGCAACAAACUACAUAAGUUGGACCUUUUCUUGAAUUUAUGUAUUUAAUAUUAGAAUUUAUUGAACUCAACUAGAUAUAUUUUAAAAUUUAUAUUUUUUCCAUUUUACUUUUAAGAUUUAAAAAAUUUCGUAUCAGAGCAAAAUAUACAUAGGAAUAAUGGGACUAUUUAACAGUUUCCCCAAAACAGCAUUUUCUUGCUUUUUUUAUGCAGAUUAGAAACUUAGCUAUAAAGAUAUACCAAUUUAAACUCUUGUUGACAUUGUUUAUUUUGCUAAGAUGAAUCUCAAUAUUAGUCUUGUUUACCUUCUAGUGUCAAAAUUAACAUUUUGACAACAUCCAGUUUCAAAAGUAAUGCUUUAUGUUUAUACACUACACUGCUUUGUUCUUGUCAGAAUGGUUUCCACAUUCUUAUCACAUUUGAGCCUUAUAAAGUAGAAAAGGUACUGAACACAUUGGAGAAGUAAGAACACAAAGUACCAAAAGGCUGAACCAACUGGCCUACGACCUCGCCAAAGUGCAUGAGAGCCAGAUCCAGGACCCAUGCCUCCCAGCUCCCAGCUCUUGCUGUGCUGUGCCCCUCUGCACAGUCAGUCAGGAGGACCCUUUCCAGAUGACUGUGGCACAAACAAAGAGCAGAUAGGGGCACUGUCAGGCAAUCUCAGAAUUCUCUCCGUAAGUAAAGAAAUGUGUGUCCGAAUUAUUUAGUGCCAUUAAAUUAAUCAUAAAACCAUUGUCCUCUGUCAGUCCAGGACUGUUCGCUGCCGUGUGCCUCAAUGUGCUGUAGAGGACAGGUGUCUCCACUCAGUGCAGCCUCUUCAAAUUGAUGAGAUUUUCCAGAGAUGUUACUGUGGUAGAGCUACUCCUCACUCAGACCCUUAGCCACCAGGAAACAUGAUGGAAUGAACAGAAGGCCUUCUGCCUGCUGUUUCCUCACAGAAUUCAUGGAGGGGGGUGCACAGGGACUGGAAUUGUUUGCUGGCACCCUAAUGUUAUGACAGAAACUAUGCUAUUUUAGAAAUGCAUUAAGCUUCUCGCCAACUUGUAUACUGUUCUAUCCAAAGUAACCAGAGCCAUCAUGAGAAAUCAUUGCAUUAAGUAAACCUUACUGUGCCCUGUGAAAAGCUUUUUCAAAUUCAGUUACGAUGAUCUUACAUCUCCAUCUCCACAGUGAAACAUUUUAGUGUCAUAAACCUCAAAACACUAACCAAGUAAUCCACUUUUCUACAGGAAAUCUCUACCAGAAGCCCCUGUUCAUUUUUUUAAGGCAUAUGUUCGUUUAUUUUCAGGAUCAAAAAUAUUGAGCUAGCUUUAAGUAGCAAACUGAUUUAUAUAUGCAAUUAUAGGCUAUAAUAAGGUGAAUGAUAGCCUGUACAAACUUUACUACAGAUAUUUUGUUUUGAGAGUAGCUUUGCAUAUUAAAUGCAGAUUAAUUUUGUAAAAUUAAUUAUGUUAAACGGUAUGUUCAGACACUUUCUGCCAUGGCCAAAAAGUAUAUAUGAAAGUAUGUGUGUAUUUGUCUGUGAAAGGAUGCCAGUGUUUUACCUGAUAUCUUAGUGAGACUUCAGUUAUCUAUGCAUUCUUUAUAUCUGUGAUUCGGUAAACAGGCCGCCAUGUUCACUAUGCCUUGUAUGUUGUAUCUUUUUUUAAUUAACCUGUUAAAUACAGCUUAAAAUAUUUUUAUUUUAUUUAUUCUAUUUUUACUGAAAUAUACUGCAUUGUUGUGUUAAUAUAUUAUCUUUACUGGAUAUUAUGUCACAAUGUAUUCAGGUCUAAGUAAUCUCAGUGAACUACACAUUGCCUAAAAGUUGGUUUUGUAAUGAUUUGUAGUCACAUUUCUAUUGGAAUAUGUAGAAGGCAAAAUGCUUAAAGUUCCUUUUAUUUUUUAAAAGCAGCUAGCUAGAUGCAGUCUUGCCACCACCUCUGUGUGCUCCUUGGCAGCAUCAAGGGGAAGAGCCAACAGGCCUAUGACUAAGAACUUGACUUUGUAAACUAAAGCACCAUAUGGUGCUUCAUUUUUAUAACCUUCACAACAUGUGUGAUUUCAUCUAAAGACAUAUACAUAUGUCCACACACCUUUUGUUUCCACCUGGCUAUAAGGUCACCAAUAGCUAAUUAGGACCAUUGUUUUUUGUCUGUCUUACUGCAUGAAGGAACAUUAGACUCAUUUCCAUUAAAACAAGUUCUUGGUGAUAAACUGUUGGCACUGCUACUUUUUUAAAAAAAAAAUUCAUAUUGUGAAUUUAAGAUGGACACUUGGAAGAUGGACACAUGUGCUAGGGGCCGCCAUGCUUCCUUUUCUUGAAUGGCGCACUCAUUUCACACAAGACUUCAUGAACAACAUGGAAAAUGUUUCCCUACCUGAUUUUAGCACAAUUUAAUAAAACUACUGGCGCUCUUGGUUGGCCAGGCUUACCCUAAUACACAUCUAACAUGGGGUUUACAGCCAGUAAAUCGCAGUUUAAGUUAUUUCAGUUUCAGGGAAAACAUCCUCCCUGCCACCAUCAAUAAGAGCAGUCCCUGGCAGCCGGCGCCAGCUGUUCAUCCUGAAAGGAUGUCUUGUUUUUCCUUUUACCCCUUUUACUGUUGACCACUUUUACACAUUUAAAUGUAAUAUGUAUUGAGAAUAAACUUAGCUGCAUAAAA